GAUAUUAUUUGUUAAUUAUCAUCAAUUUAUGAUUAGUAUUAUCUAUUCGUUGUCAUUAAUAGCACCGAUAGUAGUAUCUGAUGACGACUUUUGUAUGCAAAAAGAUCCGGAAAAUGGUUACUCGGCUUUCAAUUUUGGUAACCAUUUGUUGAUACAAACACACCAUUUACUUAGCAAUAAUACGAUUGUCGAAAGAUUAUGGGUUUAUAGCGGCGGUCAUAUAGUCUACAACUCGACAUUUAACUUCUGGAAGUCAUAUAUGAUGACCAUUAAUAUAGCCAUAACUUUUCCAUCCGUUUGCAAAUACAAUGAAUCACUAAACGAUUUGGUACUAAUCCAUGGAUUAGAUAAAAAUGGUGAAGACAUGAAUGCAUUCAAAUCGUUUCGGACAACGAAUAAUGAGAUUGGUUUCAUUGAGAUAACCAAUUCGUCAGAAAUGCCAUUUGAUUGGCCGACCAGUGGUAACGAUAUUAGCAAAACUGAUAUAUUUCCCCAAUUGCCGACCAAACCGGUUGAAAAUCUGUAUCAAUAUUAUGCCGGUGUUUAUAAUCCGAUCAAUAGGACAAUGAUUAUCAUCAUUGAAGAGACUUUGGUUGACAAUGGAUCUGUUGAUUACAAAUAUAAGAUGAUGUAUAGACAGCUACUAUCUGAUGGCAAUUGGACCAAUUGGACAGAUAAGCGUACUUUUCUUAAUUAUCAAUCACUGUUUACACUUAACAAUACACUCUAUGGUAUUAUACAUGAGCCGAUCGAUAACUAUAUGAUAGUUAGGUUCAAUAAAAAUAUGGAUAUUGAAGCAGAAAUUGGUUCGGUAAAACAAGUGUUAGGUGGCUGUCCAUUGAUAACACCAAAUACUAUAUCAACAAAAACAAUAACAACAGUCAUCCCACAAGAUAACAGUUCAAAUAUAUUGCCAACUGUAUUGUCAACUGUAUCGCCAACUUUAUUGUCAACUGUAUCGCCAACUUUAUUGCCAACUGUAUUGUCAACUGUAUUGUCAACUGUAUUGUCAACUGUAUUGUCAACUGUAUCGCCAACUGUACCGGCAUUAGUAUCGACGACAAAUGUAUCGGUGGUAAACAACACAGGAAUGGAUGAUUGCAAAUUCAACUGUAAUGGAUCAGAUAAAACCAACUGUCCCUAUAAAACAAUAAAUAACACCAACAACUUUAUAAUCAAAAAACACAACAACACUACAAGUCAUACGACAAACCCGAAGAGCACCGAUAGCAGUAAUGAUCGGCCUGUUGUCCACACACUUACCGGUGCCUUAAGAGGUCGAACACUAAAUGUUUUCGGGCGACCCGUUCGUGCGUUUAUCGGUGUGCCGUAUGCAUCGCCACCGGUCGGUGCGCUACGGUUUUCUGCUCCCGAACCUGUUGACCCGUGGCCGGGCGUUCGCGAGGCCACACAGUUUACGCCUAUGUGCCCGCAAAUUAUAAUACCGAACAGUAUUAUCGAAAUGAAUUACAUAUCGGAAAACAUUUCCGAAGAUUGUCUCAGUCUUAACAUAUGGACACCGGACGUGCGGCCACCCGACGGCAAGUUGAGAACAGUUAUGGUGUGGAUACACGGCGGCGGGUUUUUGUACAACUCGGCCAACAUUCACGAAAAGGACGGCCGUGUAUUGGCCUCGUAUGGCGAUGUAGUGGUUGUGACAAUCAAUUAUCGUGUCGGUGUAUUUGGCUUUUUGAACGGACGCUCGGAAGAAGCACCGGGAAAUAUGGGUAUCUAUGACCAGUCGAUGGCGUUGCAUUGGAUCCGCGACAAUAUCGGCUUUUUUGGCGGUGAUCCCGGCCAGUUGGUACCGUUUGGCGAGAGUGCCGGCGCUAUUAGUAUUAGCAUUUUGAUGACAUUCAACAGCACUCGUUAUCUAUUUUCGCGGGCCAUCACUCAAUCGGGAAGUUUUUUGUUGCCGCAAACAUCGCAAACAUUUAGUUACUCGAAACGGUUUGCCCAACUCGCCGGUUGUCUACAUGAAAUGGACAACGAAACGGCAACCGAGUUGUCCACCGAAACGGUCGACUGUCUCAAGACUGUGCCGUUUGAUCGGCUAAAUGAGAUAUCCAAUUCAUUUCUCAAUAUAUCUUAUAUGGCAUUUAUGCCGUCCAUCGACUCCUACUACGAGGAUAUUGUAGCUCCAGUUGAGUACAUCACCGAAGACAACGCCUACGACAAUAUGCGCGAACUGAUGACCGGUUUGGUCCGUAACGAGGGCUCAUUUUUUGUUUACAUACUAAACCCCGAACUAUUUAAACGGCACAGUUAUCCGCAGCUGAAGACACUGAAAGAGACACGCGAUAUGUUUAUUGCAUUGAUUAAAAACAAGACCAACAUUGACGAAGAUCUUCUAUCGGUUGUCGCCAAUACCUAUAUUGUUGGCCCAAAUAGUGAUUUACCGGAGAAGAAUAUCGAUCGGCUGAUCGACGCUUUUGGUAAUGCAGUAAUCAAUUGUCCGACCAUUUAUUUAGCCGACGAAUUGGCCGCCAAAAACAAAUCGGUUUACAUGUAUUUGUAUAAUCAUCGCCCGAAGUCUAGUCAAUUUGGCGAAUGGCUGGGCACUGUCCACUAUACGGAAGUGCCGUUUGUAUUUGGUUAUCCAUUGCGGAGGACCGAUAUUUACAGUCCGGUUGACAUCAAGUUUUCCAAACGUAUUAUGAAAAGUUGGUCUCAUUUUGCAAAGACUGGUACUGUAUUACCGCAAUUGGACACAAAAUGGCCAGAAUAUCGGGACCGCAACUCGAUUAUGGAGUUGAGUACAGAAAAUGCCACAAUUAUCAGUGGUUUCAAUACAUAUGCCUGUAAUUUCUAUAAGACAGUCAUGCAAUUGAAUGGUUGA